GCUGUCGAUCCGCCGCCCCGGAACAGUUUCUGACCAAUCAUAUGUAGCUUUGCAGCUUUUUCAUUUGCUAUGGUCGUCUGCUAAUAUAAGCGCAAAUUUUCAACUGUGGAGUCAUGCUGAAUGGAAGUUGACUGUCAGACGGCAAGUUUACGUUGUCGUAUUCCAUUUUUUAUCGACCUGAACUAUAGGAUCAGUAUCGGUGUCAGAGUGUCAACCAACAGUCCAUAUUAAGGGAGAGAGCAACCCUUUUCAGGAGGUCGAGUGAAUGCACAAGUCUUCAAAAAAAUUCAGCAAUAUGAUUUACAGAAAUCUAGGAAGGUCUGGUCUAAGGGUGUCUUGCCUUGGACUGGGGACGUGGGUGACAUUUGGAGGGCAAGUUACAGAUGAGAUGGCUGAAGAACUGAUGACUUUAGCAUAUGAAAAUGGCGUGAACCUAUUUGACACUGCAGAGGUGUAUGCAGCUGGCAAAGCAGAAAUCACAUUGGGGAACAUCAUCAAGAAAAAGGGUUGGAGGAGAUCCAGCCUCGUCAUUACAACAAAGAUAUUCUGGGGAGGAAGAGCGGAGACAGAACGAGGGCUAUCCAGAAAACACAUCAUUGAGGGUCUGCAAGGCUCACUACAGAGGCUACAGCUGGAUUAUGUGGAUGUGGUGUUUGCCAACAGACCAGAUCCUAACACUCCAAUGGAAGAGACGGUACGAGCAUUCAGCUAUGUGAUUGAGCGAGGCUGGGCCCUGUACUGGGGCACAUCUAGAUGGAGCCCCAUGGAGAUUAUGGAGGCGUACUCAGUAGCCAGACAGUUCAACCUCAUCCCCCCUAUAGCAGAGCAGGCAGAGUACCACCUCUUCCAGCGGGAGAAAGUCGAGGCACAGCUUCCUGAGCUCUAUGCCAAGAUAGGUGUUGGAGCUAUGACCUGGUCUCCUCUUGCCUGUGGCAUCAUCACAGGAAAGUAUGACGACGGGGUGCCCAUUUACUCCAGAGCUGCUCUCAAGGGCUAUGGUUGGCUGAAGGAUAAGAUCCUGAGUGAAGAUGGGAGAAGACAGCAGGCCAAGCUGAGAGAAGUACAGAUCAUAGCUGACAAACUCAACUGCACACUGCCACAGCUGGCUAUUGCCUGGUGUUUACGGAAUGAGACCAUCAGUUCUGUUCUCCUUGGUGCCUCCUCUAUAGAACAGCUGUAUGAAAAUAUACAGGCUCUUCAGGUGGUCCAAAAGUUGACUCCACAGAUUCUGACAGAACUGGACGGUAUCCUUGGUAACAAACCUUCCACCAAACGAGAUGUGAAGUAACUUCACAGCUACACCCUGUCUGCUGAAGACUUAGUUAGGACACCGGUCAAUCUGGAGAAGUAACCACCGGACAUUCCAAGAUAGAAAAAACUCUUAAAUGCUCUUCCAGAGGAGGUGUCAUGGCACGUAUGUUUGUCUUACUCAGGAUUGACCAUUCUUUAGAUGAUAAACUUCUCAAUGAUAAUAAUAUAUAUUCUGGUGCCAAAUCGUAGGCCUUUAAGCAGGCUGAAGGGUAAAAAGAGGAGCUCUGUUAAACUUUGAUAAUCAUUAUGGCAACAUUUUGUUUUAGCCAAAUAUAUUUUGAACCUUCAGAUAAUGUGAAUAUUUUUCAGCCAAACUUUAUCUUGAAUGUUCAUACGAUGUGGAUUUUAGCAGUUCAAAGCAAAGCUGGCCCAAAUAAGGCUCUGACCUUAGCCUUUUCAGCAUCUGACAUUAUUGAUAGAUUAAAAACCACUAUGUAUUAAACACUAUGUACAGUUAAAUAGUGUCAUAAGGUUUGUCACUAGUUGCUAGAUCACGAUUCAACCUAUAAUAUACCUACUAGCUACUUAGUCCCUUGACAUCCAGGUCGUUUGGGGUACUGGUCAUCAGUAUAUUACUAAAAUUGAAAAGCCAGGAUAAUAUUCUGAAAAAUCAUACAAUAUUGUAACAUUGCUAGACAAAAAAGUGCGACUCUAUAGAAAUUUGUUUCAGAAAUACAGUCUCCACAGUACACACUCGACAGCUAAAUUAAUAUCCUCAAGCACUGCUACUCUUCAUUGAUGUACAUAUUGGUUUGUUACAUGACGUUUUGUCAGCUUUCUAUUUAAUUUGUAACUAUGCAAUAUUCAUAGUAUUAGGUACAUAUUAUUCUACAUUAUGUAAAAUCAUACUAAAAUGUAACAGAUCUUUAUUUUGUACUACCCACUACAUGUAGUUGCUGACUGGCUUCAAGCAGAGGUUUGUAGGCAAGAUUGUUACAUUUUCCUAUCCAAAUGUGGCUGCCUGUUUCUAUUGCAAACUGCCUUCUAACUACAGCUUGGCAGAAUUUGUAUAAAGAAGUACCAGGAUGCCAUAAUGA